AUACUGCACUUCUUCCUGUUGAAGUAAAAGAAGAAACACGAAAAACAAUUUUUGCUGCGAGUUGAAAAUAUUUCAUUAUCUCUUACAAAGUGUUUGGAGAACUAUCAUUCAAAAUAAUAUAAGGGUUUAGUUAAACAUCAGCAAAUAGAAGUGAAGAUACCACAUAACAGUAGGGAAGGUGAAAUAUUUUCGGUGACGACAGCAUUCUUUACGUACUGGGAAGAAGUUGAAACACCAACUACGAUGAAUUUGGUGGAGAUAAAUCCAUUUGGAAAUGGAUUACUAUAUAUUGGCUUCAAUCAAGACCAAGGAUGUUUUGCUUGCGCAACAGACACUGGCUUUCGUGUUUACAAUUGCGAUCCGUUGAAGGAAAAAGAGCGUCAAUAUUUUUCCGAAGGUGGCUUAUGCUAUGUUGAAAUGCUUUUCCGUUGUAACUACUUGGCUCUUGUUGGUGGUGGCAUGCGACCCUUAUAUCCACCAAACAAAGUGAUCGUGUGGGAUGAUUUGAAGAAAUCGCCGGCGAUUUCUAUAGAUUUUAAUCAACCUGUAAAGACUGUGCGAUUACGACGCGAUCGCAUUGUCGUAGUUCUGGAGGGUGUGAUUAAGGUAUUUACAUUCACUCAACAACCACAGCAGUUACAUGUUUUUGAGACAAGCGCGAACCCGCAUGGACUUUGUGUGCUUUGUCCACAUAGUAAUAAAAGUCUCCUAGCCUUUCCGGGACGACGCACCGGUCACGUCCAAAUUGUCGAUUUGGCAAAUACAGAACGCGCUCCUUUAGAGAUUGUCGCGCAUGAGGCCUCAAUAAGUUGCAUUGCAUUCAAUUUGCAGGGUACCCGACUUGCCACUGCUAGCGAGAAAGGAACCUUAAUACGCAUUUUUGAUACAGAAAACGGCAAGAAACUUUGCGAAUUACGCCGUGGUAGCAAUCAGGCAAAUAUUUACUGUAUCAACUUCAACCAUCAGUCGACAAUGUUGGUAGUGUCUUCGGAUCAUGGCACUAUACAUGUUUUCAAUUUAGAUGAUACUAAGCAGAAAGAAGCACCAUUUCCUAUGAUACCAAAAUAUUUUUCCAGCCAAUGGAGUUUUGUUAAAUUUUCCAUACCACAAGGUCCGGCCUGUAUUUGUGCUUUCGGCUCCGAUCCCAACUCGGUUAUAGCAAUAUGUGCCGACGGACUCUAUUACAAAUUUUUGUUCAAUAACAAAGGAGAGUGCAGUCGCGAUGUUUGUACACAGUUUCUGGAAGUGACAGAUGAUGAGGAAUAAAUAAAGUUGGUAGUUUAAAUUAAGUACCAAACAUAUUGUUAUAGAACAUUUCGAAGACAAAUUAAAAUUUUCUGUUCCAAAAGUGUAGUAGGAGUUAAAAUUUAUAAAAAAGCGUAUAAUUUGUUGCUAUUCUUUUAAAUAGGACCGUUUGAUUGAAAUAUACAUUUUACUGGAGGAUAGGGAAACGCAUUUGGUAGGAAGCAUUUGGUAAGAAUAAUACAUAUGACACAUAUAUAUGUAUAUUUAUAAAAGUUUAGUUACGAAAAAUGUGUUAAGGAUAUAGAAGUAUGGCUCGACGAAAAACGUGGCUUAAAUUGUGUAGUCACAAUAGAAGAAAUAUUUAUAUUAUAUUUUGCUUUAAAUAAAUAUUAUUUGUACGUAUCAUAA